AUGAAACAGAGCAAGAACCAGCUCAGACGGGCGAAGAAAAAGGCCCAGAAGGCGGAGGCUGCCAAUACCACAACUGAGAAUAUUGAAGAAACGCUGUCCAAAACACCUCGGUCUACCAUUGCUUCCCAGGAUGCAUCGGUCGCCCCUACGGUCCCAGUCACACCGGAGCUAGACGAUCCGCUUUGGGAGAUGUACAAGGGUAUCGUCGGCAAAUUUGACGAUACUGGUGACGAUGUUCCCACGAAAGAAGCUGAAAAGCCAGAGAUUUACUUUGACGACGAGGAUGAAAUCCCAGACGAGGAGCAAGAGAACGAGCCGAAGGUCUCUAAAAAGAAACGAAAGGAGCUGAACAAACUCUCGGUGGCUGAAUUGAAGGCGAUGGUACGCAAACCCGAGAUCGUGGAAUGGACAGAUACUUCAGCAUCGGAUCCUCGACUCCUGAUCCACAUCAAGGCCCACCGUAAUGUCGUCCCCGUUCCCUCACACUGGUCUCUUAAGCGGGAAUACCUCUCGUCUAAACGAGGUGUCGAAAAGGCCCCCUUUGCGCUUCCCAAAUUCAUACAAGAAACGGGCAUUGCAGAAAUGCGUGAUGCUGCAUUGGACAAGCAGGAACAGUCCAGUCUGAAACAAAAGCAACGGGAGAGGGUUCAACCGAAGAUGGGACGCCUGGACAUCGACUACCAGAAAUUAUAUGAGGCCUUCUUCCGCUUCCAAACCAAACCCGAGCUGACUCGGUACGGCGAGAUAUACUACGAGGGGAAAGAAUACGAGACCAACCUCAAACAUCUCCGGCCCGGUGACUUGAGUGAUGAACUGAAGGAGGCUCUCAACAUGCCACCGGGAGCUCCUCCUCCGUGGCUCAUUAACCAACAGCGCUAUGGCCCCCCGCCAUCUUACCCUGCGCUAAAAAUUCCUGGCCUUAAUGCGCCGCCUCCUCCUGGUGCGAUGUGGGGCUACCACCCCGGAGGGUAUGGGAAACCGCCUGUCGAUGAACACAACAGGCCAUUGUACGGGGGCGACAUCUUUGGAGUUUUGCAGCCUCAACAGAAUGCUCAACAAGGCGAACCUGUUGAGAAAGACCUUUGGGGAGAGUUGCAAGCAUCCGAAGAAUCGGAAGAAGAGAGCGAGGAGGAAGACGAGGAAGAAGACGAGGAAGGUGAUGAAGAGGACGUUGAAACGGGAGCUCAUUCUCCCAGUGGUCUAGAGACACCUAGCGGCAUGGCCUCUGCUGUUCCUUCCGAGCCGAUGGGAAUGGAGAGCAUCUCUGGGGAGUUUGAUGUCCGAAAACAUCACCGCGGCACGGAGACGGAGGAAUCCGUUCACCCUCGGAGUGCUUACCAGGUCAUCCCGGAGAGACAGACGAGCGUUCAAGGAUUUUUCGGUGGAGACCGAGCGUAUGACCUGGCCUCCUCUGGAAACAACCCCCCGGUCCUAGGUGUCGACGAUCAAACCCGAAAACGCAAAAAGCCCGGUGAUGUGGACGUGUCGGUCGACUUGGACGCAAUUCAAGCUGGAGAUGGUCUCAGCAAGGACAGCCUUCAGAACAUGUAUGAAACGCAAAGACAGCAACAAAACCAGCCGCAGUGGGGAUUCCAGGAGGACCUUAGCGACAUGAUUGCGCAGGAGAGCUGCAAGAGGUUGCGUAAAGAGGAAGAGCGGCGUGGCAAGCGUUAA